CUGAAGCUUAGUACCGAGUGAACACACGAAGAAGUACUGAGCAUCAGUAAAUAAAGCUCUACUAGCUUUAUCACCCUAUAACAAUAACCUGCGUAACAAACAACUCGUUUUAGUUGGGGCAAAAUGCCCCGCUUUGCACAGCUCGUAAUGGGCCCGGCCGGCAGCGGGAAGAGUACCUACUGCUCCACCAUGGUCCAGCAUUCAGAGAGCCUGAACCGUUCUGUUCAGGUGGUCAACCUGGACCCAGCAGCUGAGCACUUUGACUACCCUGUCAUGGCAGAUAUCCGUGAGCUGAUCCAGGUCGAUGACGUUAUGGAGGAUCCAUCUCUCAGAUUUGGCCCUAACGGAGGCCUGGUCUUCUGCAUGGAGUACUUUGCCAACAACUUUGACUGGCUGGAGGAAAGCCUGGGGCAUGUAGAGGAUGACUACAUACUGUUCGAUUGUCCAGGUCAGAUUGAGCUUUACACACAUCUCCCUGUGAUGAGGCAGCUGGUGGAGCAGCUCCAGCAGUGGGAGUUUCGAGUGUGUGGGGUCUUUCUGGUGGACUCCCAGUUCAUGGUGGAGUCUUUUAAGUUCAUUUCGGGAGUCAUGGCUGCCCUGAGUGCCAUGGUGUCAUUAGAGAUUCCCCAAGUAAACAUCAUGACAAAAAUGGACCUGCUUAGUCCCAAAGCUAAGAAGGAAAUAGAAAAGUACCUGGACCCGGACAUGUACUCUAUGAUGGACGAUAACUCCGAUAACAUCCGAAGCACAAAGUUCAAGAAGCUGACUAAAGCCAUCUGUGAACUUAUUGAUGACUACAGUAUGGUGAGAUUCCUGCCUUUUGAUCGCUCAGAUGAGGAGGGUGUUAACAUAGUCCUGCAACAUAUUGAUUUCUCCAUACAGUAUGGAGAGGACCUGGAGUUCAAGGAGCCAAAGGAGGUCGAUGAAGAGCCAGGCAACCUUAAUUAUGAUGAGGCUUUUCAAGACAGCGGGGAAGGCUGAGAAUACAACGACCCCAGGAAUUCUGCAUAAAAAGUGACUUUGAAAAACAAAAACAAACAACGGGAAAAACAAUACCAAGGCAUGUGACUGCAAGGACAUGUGUGGGGCAAAAAAACAGACCCUGAAGAUGAUCCUGACUGUAUUGUAUUAUGUGUGUUCAGAAUUUUUUUUAUUUAUGUUGGCCAUUUUGCAGACUCAAGAAAUGUUAUUUCAACCAUUGUAGUUUAAUAGAUUUACUAAUGCUAUAUUUUUUAAAUAAAAUAUUACCCCGAA